AUGGAGGAGGAGGCGUACUGCGUCUUUAACUGUUUUCUUUGCACGCCCCCUAGUGGUUCGCGCACCUAUGGCAACACGAUGGCCAUCGACUCCACUGAGCCGGCUGGAGCUCGCGCGCUAUCGACGGGAGGGCACGGGGUCUCGCGCACGCAGGAAGCAGCUCUGAACAAACAGCAGCAGGGUGACGUUUCCUGUUGCAGCGAGGAGGAGGAGGAGGAAGAGGAAGGGGAGGAAGAAGAGGAAGAGGAGGAGGAGGAGGGUAACCGAGGUAUAACCGACAGGGAACAGGAAUCAGCCGUGCACGAGCCGAGCAGGAAGCGUCACGAGCAGGAGAGGAGGAGUAUCCCUCCGCCAGAGACACUGAACAUGUCUGUAACAUGUGAAAUAAACAUAAUCAAAACUCAACAUGGAGAAGCAGAGAUCAUCGUUCAAAGCAACGCUGAAGACUUCACUGCGUCUGCCACGGCCUUUUGUUGAAUCCACUUAUUACCCACUUCUUGAUGCUGUUCACAGACUUUGACUUGCCCUGUUAAUGAUAGAUCCACUUUAUACUUUAUACAGCAGGGGUCACCAACUGGAGGACUCCGGUCCAGAUCCGGACCGUGAGAGGUUUCCAUCCGGACCGCGACUCUCCAUUAAAAAGAAAAAAGUAUAAAUACAUUUGACUUUUAAGAGACUUUUAAUCAGGCAUAAUGAGGCCAGCCCGGUGGAGCUGCUUGGGUUCUAUGUGUUGUCAUCAUAUCCUGUGUAGCCGGGUGGCUGGGUAGAGAGAAGCACGGAGACGGGGACACACGGAUGAAGGUGAAAUAUGGCGUUUUCAAAAGUUAGGAAAGUUGACAUUGAAAACCGAGUCGGUGAGGACGAGGAACUAAAUGAGCUCAAAGCCCAGUGAGCGAUCUGGC